CAUAGCAUAUACAUAGCAUGGAGUUGCGCAAGAUUUUUUUUAUAAUAACCAAAUUGGUGACAAAUUUCAAUUAGGUUUUUUUUUAAGUUUAAAUUAUUCGCAACGUUUCUCUUCUACAUCAGUCAGCUGAGAGUUCUCUGAGAGUCAACAUGGUGUUCUGGGUGUUAGCAGUGCUUUUAGUAGCUGUAAUUUAUUACGGAAAUCAGUAUUACUUAAACUAUUGGAAGCGGUUGGGUGUACCACAACGUGAUGCACCGACAUUUUUGUUCGGUGACAUAGCUAGUCAAUUUUUCGGAACUAGAAUAUCAAUCGGAGAGACGUUCUCCGAUUUCUACUACCGAUUCAAGCACAACAAAAUCCAUGGAUUGUACUUUUCGUAUCGGCCAUCGCUAAUCGUAAAUGACCCCGAGGUCAUUCAGGAAGUGAUGAUUAAAGACUUCACGAGCUUCCAUGAUCGUGGACUAUUCGUCGACACAGAUGUUGAUCCACUUGGUGCACACCUUUUCUUGUUGGGUGGUCAGAAAUGGAGGGAUCUGAGAGUGAAACUGUCGCCCACCUUUACAUCUGGCAAGUUGAAGGUCAUGUAUCCCAUCAUCCGAGAUUGUGCGAAAACGUUACAAGAUUAUAUGGUGAAAAAUACGCAGAACGCGAAGCAGUUUGAGUUCGAUUCGAGAGACCUGUUCGCACGGUUUACCACCAACGUAAUUUCGUCCGUAGCUUUUGGGAUUGAAAACGAUUGCAUCAACAAUCGGGAAAAUAUUUUCCGUAAAAUGGGCGCAAAGAUCUUCGAAGUCAAUUUGAGAGACAGAAUAUUCCAGAUCUUUGCAUUCUUCGUGCCAAAAAUUGCUGAAAAGCUAAAGAUGAAACAGAUCAAAACUGAAGUCGACGAUUUCAUUUACUCGGUGGUGAAACAGACCAUCAACUUCCGCGAAACGGGUGGAAGUGCGGCCGAACGAAAGGAUUUCAUGCAGUUGAUGAUUCAGUUGAAAAACCAAGGCUACGUGUCGGUGGACAAGAGCGAAGAGCAGGAAGUUGAGAAGCAAAAAUCAGGUGAAACAAAGAAGUUAACAAUCGACGAAAUCGCUGCCCAAGCUUUCGUAUUCUUUGUCGCCGGAUUUGAAACGUCAAGUUCAACGAUGAAUUUCUGCAUGUACGAACUCAGCAAAAAUCCGCACAUUCAGAAAAAGGUCCAUGAGGAACUCGACAAUCUCUGGAAGUCGGGCGACGUCAAUGACCUUACAUAUGAUGUCCUCGGUUCAAUGAAGUAUCUCGAUUGGUGUAUUGACGAAACUCUGCGCAAAUAUCCAAUCGUGCCGAUCCUGAAUCGUGAAAGUAGCAGAGACCACACCUUCGCCGGAACCAAUUUGAAAAUCGAAAAAGGAAUUCCCAUUACGAUUCCAGUGCUGGGCAUACAACGCGAUCCGGAAAUUUACUCUAAUCCGAUGGAAUUCCGGCCAGAAAGAUUCGAGAACUCGCCGACCGGUAGUCCGAACGUGAAGGGAGUGUGUUACAUGCCGUUCGGAGAUGGUCCUCGCAAUUGCAUAGGCGCUCGUAUGGGAAAAUUACAGACGAAAAUUGGUCUUGCAGCCAUUUUGCUGAAAUUCCGAUAUGAACUCGUUGAUCAGAGUCUGAUGCGUACAGAAAUGAAAUUCGAUGCGGAUCAAUUCAUAUUAACACCGAAAACAAAUGUGAUACUACGAGCAACUGCUCGAUAAAAGUAUUGAUUUUUUGUGAUUU